AUGUCUUUUAUCUUUAUUCCUACAGUUAGAACAUUACACCAAGCUGAACUUGUUCUUACCCACAAAAACACAUAUUUAAGAGUAAAUUCUUCUCAUAUGGAAGUUCCACAAUUAGUUGAAUUUAUUCAUCAAUUAGUAGAUAAAUAUCCAGGUCAAAAAAUUUAUGUUGAUCUUCAAGGAAGUAAAAUUAGAAUAUCUCGUUCACAACCAAAUCUUAUCUUAACAAAAGAUCAAACAGUUGAACUCACUAUUAAAGCACCAACAAAAGACACAAAAGCAAUUCAUAUUGGAAACCCUAAUACUAUUAAACUACUUUCUCAAGGAACUCAUGUUAAAAUUGAUGAUGGAAGAAUGGAAAUUGUUGUUAAUUGUAUUAAAGACUCAGAAACAGCUAUAGCAACAGUUAUUAAAGGAGGUGAAUUAAAACCAGGAAAAGGUUUUAAUUUACAACCACAUCCAUUUAUCCAAAAUCAAUUAAGUGAAAGAGAUGCAGAAAUUGUUGAAAAAUUAAAAGAUGUUAAAGAAAGAAUAUACUACAUUUAUGAAACAACUUAA